AUGGGUGUGCAAGUAAUUACCUCGUACGAUCAGUUCAAGCAGGUGACGGGUGGCGACAAGCCGGUCGUGAUCGAUUUUUGGGCAACUUGGUGUGGGCCCUGCAAAAUGAUUGGUCCCAUCUUUGAGAAGAUUUCCGACACCCCCGCCAGCGAGAAGCUCGACUUUUACAAGGUCGACGUCGACGAGCAGAGCCAGAUUGCGUCCGAGGUUGGUAUUCGCGCUAUGCCUACGUUUGUUGUUUUCAAGGGCGGCGAGAAGAUCGAGACGAUUGUUGGUGCCGACCCUGCCAAGCUCCAGGAGGCGAUCACCAAAUACGCCCAGUAG